AUGGCCCCGCAGGAGCCCAACGCGGUCGGGCAGCUCCUGCGUUCCGACAGCGGCGGCUCCGAGGCUCCGAUGCUACCGGAGGGUCCCGGGGAGCCCGGGCCCGGCGGCGGGGGGCGACGGCGGCGGCGGCACGGGCGGUGCUGGGGCAGCGUGGCCCUGCUGGGGGUCCUGGCGCUGCAGGUGGCCUCCACCACCGGACUCUUCGUCUACUUCUCCAUGGCCAUCUCCAAGCUCAAGGCUCAGGCUCCGGGGAGCGUGGAGGAGCUGCGGUGCCUGCAGGUCAUCAACCAGCAGCAGGAGGGCUCCAGCCUGGAGGAGCUCAUCACCAACCAGUCCUGCCUCAAGCUGGCCAACACCAUCAAAGCCUAUGUGGCCACGGUGACGGAGAACGCUGUCCGCAGGAGCGCGCUGAAGGAAGCCCAGAGGAGCUACCUGAACAUCUCAGAGGGGCAGGUUCCUCCUAAAGCAGCUGGCAAGCCCUCGGCACAUCUCACCCUCCGCCCACAGAGCCUGGCUCUGGACGGAGGCUCCGGGCGCUUCGGGAACCUGUCGCGGUCGUGCCGGCACGCCAUCGCCCGCUGGGAGGACAGCUCCAUCCACUGCCACCUGCAGAACCUCACCUACCGGGACGGGCGGCUGCGGGUCAACCAGCCGGGCAAGUACUACGUCUACUCCCAGAUCUACUUCCGCUACCCCGGCGAGGGCGCCGCCGGCGCCGCCGCGCACCUCUCCGCCCCGCAGCUGGUCCAGUGCAUCAACUGGAAGACGUCCUACAGCCAACCCAUCCUCCUGCUCAAAGGGGUCGGCACCAAGUGCUGGGCUCCCGAGGCCAACUACGGCCUCCACGCUCUCUACCAAGGAGGACUCUUCGAGCUGAAGGCCGGCGAUGAGCUCUUCGUCUCCGUCUCCUCCUUGUCCAUCGACUACAACGAUGCGGCCGCCAGCUACUUCGGGGCCUUCAGGCUCGACCUGUGAGGGCCACCUCCCACCUGCCUGCUGCUCCUGCCCCUCUGCCAUGCUCCUGGGGAAGCAGCUUCUUGAACAGGACAAUGGUGGGAUGGUCGUGGAGGCCAUGGAGGAUGCUCAUGGAGGAACCCGGCACAGGGCUGUUCCCUGUGAGCGCUGUCCCUCGAGGUGAGGGGCAAGCUGGAGGAGAGCACGAAGGGUGGUUGCCUGCAGAU